AUGCGAAGCGGUGUUUGGAGAAUCGUCGACGUCAUCUGCCUGGCCGUUUUGAUGCUGACGGCGGUCGAAGGACGGCUCCUCGACCGCCUGGGGCAGAAAGCGCCGCCGACGGUGGACGGCCGACCCGCCCUGCCUCCGGUCCCGCCGAUGCCCGUCUCCUUCGCCGAUUGGCACUGCGGCAGCAGCGGAUUCAGUAAAACUCUGGCCUUCGACGAGAUCGGCAACACUUGUCCGUCACAUGCUGGUGAGCUAGGGGAAGUGGUCCUUCUAGGGAUGAAACAUUUUAGCAUUAUUAGUACAUUAGUUUUUUUCAGAAAAAAAAUUAACGGAACGAAGAGUCCAAAUUAGCAGAAAAAUUGAGAUCUGUAGAAAAGCGCAAGUCGCAAAGGGUCGGGUGCAGUUUCGGACCGCCGAAGCAUUGUGCAAUUCAAAGACGUGACGUGACCGUUUUUUCCCACCCAUUCCAAGUGCCGCCCUCUAUUUAAUUUUUUGAGAUUUUCGGUGAAGUUGAUUUUUCGAAAAUUUUUACGAUUUUAUCUCGAAGAGAGUUUUUAUGGAUACGGUAUCUGAGCCAUUCUAGGACGAUCAAAGAGCUCAGUUUCACUAUUGCAGUUCAUUUCACAAAAGUUAUAAUCUUACUCUGAAUGACUUCUGAAAUCCGAAUCGUUUUUCAUAGUAAAGGUGAAACGUAGCUUUAACUGCAUUUUUCCUUCUUUUUUUUUUAAUCUCCGAUCUCAAAAGUUUUCUGAGAACUUUUUGAAACCGAUUCGAACCGAAACUGUGGCUUAUCAAGAUUGUUUUCGCGUCGAGUCGUGGAAAAAACCUUGGUCCGCAGAACCUCGUAGGGUUGGAUGUUAAUCAAAAGUGAUUUGUUGCCGUUUGUCGCCUAUUUUGGGCAACGCUUCUUUCUUUUGAUUGGCCUCGUCGUUCGAUCGGCUUCACAGUCGAGUUGGGAUUUUGUUGGACUGGGUUCUUGAAAAAUGCGGGGGAUUUAAAGGUUAAUGGGUACGGUAUUAGAUUAUUUUUGAUAAAUGAGGCAUAAAAGAAAUUUGAAAAAAAUUUAAACUCUGUCUCCAAGAGAAGACGCGUUUUUUUAAUGUUCCUUGAUUAUUUUUCACAUCACUUUUCUAGUACUACGAAAUUCUUAGGAUAUUUUUUUCCAGAAAAAUUGAAAAAAAGCCGCGUCAGUAAUCCAUUCAACAUACAGAGGAGACCAAAAAGUUUUUUUCUUAAAAAAAGUUCAAAUUUCAGUUUUUCGCUAAGAAAAAAAUUGAAAAAAAUGUGUCGAGAUAAUCUUUUUUUCAUAUAGAACUGAUUAGGCAACAGUUCAAUGAUAAAAAAACAGCUAAAAAUUUUUUUCAAAAUGAAAAUUGACCAAAUACUCAAUUAUAAUAGUCAGAGGAGUAAAUUUUCAUGAAGACAUCUUCCAGUUCAAAAAAAAACUUUACGACUUUUUUUCUUAUCGCUGAUUUCAAAGUUCAACCAAAGUAUCACUCUCAUAAAAUGACAGUAGUUUAUUUUCUGAUCGUUUACUCAAAAACCAACUCUGUUUUUCUCCUUUCACCCCUUUCUUGGAAUCCGAUUUGACGAUCUCUCACUCAAAAAUUAGCUGUUUUUGACCAAUUUUGAUAGUUCAAUCAAAGUACAUCUUCCAGGAACGACAUUCCAAAUACAAUUUAGCGAUCUUUGACUUGAGAAUUAGCGGUUCGGUGACUUUUUUCCACCUGUUCCCUGGGUUCAAUUAGAGUAUCGUUUCCUGGAACUCGGUUACGUGAUCUUUAACCUGAAACUUUUCAUUUUACCCUUUUUCAGUAUUCAGACUUCUAGAUAAAUCAGCAUUAUAUUCGAAAAAGUAAUUUCAAAUAAAAAUCAACGUUUUUUUUUCUGAAAAAGGAUUUUGAUGCUUUUUUUUUUUGAUUUUGAGGCUUAGUUCCUGGGAAAUUAGAAAUUUGAGCAGGUUAAGACUUUCAGGAUCUGGUACAUCAAAAAUUAUCUUGGUCAAAUUUCCUGACAUUCCCACCCAGAAAAUAAAAUAGCCUUGCUUGUUAGCCAGAACGGAACGCCUUUUCAUGACCCUUUCUGGUGCCGAUUAUAACCGCCCUGGCCUUGAUCGUCUUGUCCUUUUUCCUUUCCUUCUUCAACCUCGCCUUCUGUAACCGAUCGUAGUUUUGAUUCAAUUAACGGGAGACCGACUAAUUUCCCGCCGAUUUUAACGAAAAGAAUCGGAGAAAAAGCGUCGCCCGGUCUGUGAUAGCUCGAUUUUUCGGUGUGCCACGUGGUCGGCUUGAAAUUGAUUCGAAAAAGUGGAGUUUCGGUUUCUUGGAAAGUUAAUCGAAAACUUUCUGAAAGGUGUUUUUUUCUGACCCAAAUUGCGCAAAAAUAGAGUUUUUCCUAUGAAUAGAUCAUUUCACUUUGUAGGGUGAAAGUCUGAAAAUAAAAAGGGAUUUUUUUUUUUGUGAGAAGAAAUCCGAGGAACUCCUUUUUUCGAGGAAACAGACUUUUCAAUUUGUAGAUUGUCGAAUAAAAACCCAGAAGUCCAUUAUAACUAGUCGAUCUCUUUUUUGGUUGGGAUGAGUUCUUUCGGAAGUUUUUACCAUUCAAAAGAUUAAAUUUUUUCCCGAGAUAAUCAAAAAGCAUGGGAAAGUUUAAAAUUAGGUCGCGAGUGAAAAACCGUUUCCACGUGUUUUUUUUUGUUCUUGCUUCUUGACCAUUCAGUCCAUAUAAUGAUGUAUUGAAAUUGAAAAAAAGUCGAUCUGCUUAAAUUAAGGGGUAGUUAAAAAAGAUUUUUUAACCUAACCAGCUGACGAAAAUGAGUUUCUUGCUCUUGUACUUUUCUAGGAAGAUAUUUACUCGAAUGGUGAGUAAAAAUGAGAGUAAUUUUAAUAAAUCGUGAGGAAUUACGAUAUCGACACUUGAAACAAGCGAUAAGUUAAAAAAAACCUUCAGCGGCCCUGAACCACUGCUGCGCCGUGCACGACGACUGCUACGGUCAACAAUUGGGCCAGGAAAAGUGCGACGUCGAAUUUUGCCAGUGCAAUCGAGUAAUCGGAAAAAGAGCAACCGUUCUUCAAAUAUUCGAAAUAUUAAGAAAGCUCUGCGGAUUCCAACGAAAGAGGCGAAAAACUGCCGUGCCCCGUUGGCGAUGGCCUGUACUUUCGUUGGGAUGUUUGGCAGUGAUGCCUACGAAAAUAGCAAUUAUUCGGGUAAUUUGAGAAAAAAAAACUAUUUACUCUUGAUUUUGAAAAUGAGUUUUUCCGAAAAGUUCUGAGAACUGAAGUAAAAGAGCUUGAAAAGCGUUUGAGCAGGAUUUUUGGCAUAGUUUUCUAGAAAAAAAUAACUUUUUCGAGUCCAUAAAAUCAGUAUCAAAAACAAAAAAAGUCCAUAGGAUCAGUAUCAAAAAAAAUCCUCGAAAGCAAGGCCACUCUUUUUUUCGUAGAAAGAAACGCGUAAAAAAAAGUGUUCCUUCUUCCAAAAGUUUCCGUAUUUUUCAGUUUUUCGCAAUAGUUUGUCCCGGAAGGGCAAUUUCUUGUUUAUGGAACGUCCUUUUUAUGCUAGAACUUUUUACUUUUUUUAUUUUUUUCAAAAUGAAGAUUUCGUGAUGUUUCAUUUUUUUAAUCGAUUUUUGCGCAAAACCUGGAAACAUUGAAAAUUCAGACCCGAUCCUCGUGGCCAGUCACGUUCCCGUUGUUGAAUAUGUUCCGAAAACGUCUUCGGAUAUCGAAGUCGGCUACUCGGAACUCUAUUCUCUUUGCCCAUUCGUUAACAGUCAGUUUUCCCAUCCCCAUCGUUUCUAUAAUCUCAUUUUCCUUUGCAGUCACGUUAUCCUCAUGUGCUUCCAACUACAAUCUCUGUUUAAAAACGAAAUCGGCCGAUUUUUGCGUUCCUACGGUAAGUUUUUGGUGAUUAUAGGUGUGCUACAUUCAAUGAAGAUUGAGAAGGAGAAAUUAUUUGUGACUUGAGGUUUUAGGAAUUGAUAAAUGAUAUGAGAUAAGGCGUUCUAAUUUAAAGGAGCAUGGAUCGUUUGCGAAAAGGUAUCCUGACGCGAAAAAAAAUUUAUUUUUUUGCUCAAAGCUAGCUGUGCUUUGCAACCACUGAUAGAAGAAAUUGGGAAGCUUAAAUUUUUUAAAAAAAUGAUAGAAAUUUUUUUAAUUUUUCAAGCUAGGGACAUAAUUUUUUUGUUAUUAAUGACAACCGAGGGGGAUAGAUGAAUGAAGGCGCAUAGCAAAAUUUCUCAAAAUUAUCAAUGAAAAAAAGCUUCUUUUUUUGAAAGUUAGAAUCACAUGGUUUCAAUAUAAAUCGUAAUUCUGGGAUCUCUGCAAAAUCUAAAUCAAAUCACUUCAUUUUUGUUACCUCGGGAUGAACUUCUAGAAAAAACAUUUUCUUAUGAGUGAGAAAAAACCCAAAACCAGAAGAACCUAUUAUUUACGGCACAAUCAUGUAACAGUUAAUCAUAUCAAACUUAACCAGAAGUUAUAUUUUUCUAUUGUUAUUAUUUUGAAUCUAGAUGUGCGAUUGUUUGCUUGACGCCGGCGCCGCCGACGUCGCCCAUCAGAGGACUUGCACGGCGGCGGUCAAUUUGAUCUGUGAAGACCUGAUCGACUGUUCGUUUUUUAUUGAUGUUUGUACUGAUCCGCCAGCAAAAAAAAAAGAAAAAGUUAUAAAGUUGUUGAUAUUUUUCUGUUUUCCGUCCUUUUUUUUUAUUUUGUCAUGACGUUUUCCCUUAGUUUCAUUGUCUUAUUGGUUAACAAUUCGGUCAAUUUUUGCAGACGCCAAACAAUCGACGGGACGAAUUCACCUGAUUCUCUAUACGGUAACCUUUUUUUAAUUAGAAAGAUGGGUGAACAAAGGGAAAGUUCGGCGAACAGUGCAUUUUCUAGAUUUCUUUUCAAUUUGAAGCUUUCCAUGUGAAAGGUUUCGCCAUGUAAUUUUCCUCAAAUUACUCAUUUUUCUUCAAUUAAAAUGAUAUAUAUUGCACAAAAUGCAACAGAUAAAGUUUGAGCAGAACUUUUUAAUUCAAUUUUUUUAAAAUACGUUACUGGGAAUGUUCGUUUAAAAUCGAAUAAAUUCCGUUUUUUUGUUAGAUGAAUCAAUAUAUAAAGCGUUUCAUUCGCUCGCAUUUUUCAAUAUUUUUCAAAAAAAUUUUUUUGUGCAGACAACUUUUUGAUUUUUUUCAACAGUAUAUAUUCAAGGAAAAUGUACGUUUCAUUACUUAUUCAAAAAUUUCAAAAAUCCGUUUUCUUCAAUUUGGAUAAAAUUAAACUGGCGCAAACUCUACAAAAUUGUGUGCUUUGCGUAAAUUUGAUAUAAAAGAAUUUUUUGAGUUUCUUUUUCAGCAUUUUUUUUCUCAUUUUCUGACCCCCCAUUUUUCAUUUUCUGAACCCCCUCUCUAAUCAAGUCCAGUUCAGUUAAUUUUUCAGCUCCUUGGUGUUCUGAUGAUCGCCAUGAUUGCACUAUUGGUGUUCUACAAACGUUUCGGCCGGCGUAGUCGACCCUUUGAAGAUGGUUUUGUCAAAAGAAAAAAGUUUUGAAAAGAAGAUGAACGUUUUCAUUUUUCAGGAAAAUGCCACAUCCAAACGGUGGACUCGGCGCGGUCCAUCAUGCCGCUGCUUGCUGGGGCCUAA